AUGAUUUUAUUCUAUUGGGCAUUCUUAUUAUUACAAUGUGUUUCAGCGCUUGCUGAUUUACCAAAAGAAUAUACCUUGACUAGUCAAUCCUUUGUAUAUCCGGACCAUAUCAUCCCAAUUUCAAAUUCGGACUUAUCAUUAUUAUCAGGACACCGGGAAUACUAUACCCUCUUAUAUAUAACAUCGACAGAUCCGCAACAUGGCUGUGAUCUGUGUCAUUCGUUCGAUAAAGUUGUUCGGAAAGUUUCCAAUUACUGGUUUGAAGAUUACGGGAUGUCCAAUUUCUUAUUUUUCGCCAAUGUUGAUAUAAUUGAUCGUUCUAAUGCUGAUAUAUUUAAGUAUUUGGAAAUAAAAAGAAUUCCUCAUAUUUGGCUAAUACCUCCAAGUAAUAAUGAAGAUGUAUUACAGCAAAUUCAUGAAUUAGAAGAUGAAAAAGAUCCUUUUGCAAUUUUAAGACAACCUAGAAUCGAAUGGAAAGUACCUUUAGGUACCCACGAUGAACAAGUUUUGCAAUUUGCUGAUUUCAUAUCGACCACAGUAUCUAAACGUAUUUAUAUCAGGCCUGAAAAUCAAUCGCUCAAAUUUAUCAAAACUUUUUCAAUCACUUUCUCAAUUAUCAUCUUAAUUAAAAAGAAAGGGCCUAGCAUACUUACCAACAAUGUAUCGAAAAAGAAAAUAUACAUUGCAUUAACUCUAUUUCUAGCCCUGUUAUUCACUUGUGGCUAUUCUUUCUCAGUCAUGGAGAAAGUUCCAUUUAUCGCUAAAAAUGAAAAGGGGGAAGUCAUAUACAUCAGUGGGGGGAUCUAUUAUCAGUUCGGUAUUGAAACCAUUAUGGUGGCCCUGAAUUAUUUACUGCUUGCAUUCAGUUUGGUCUCUAUGAUUUGGUUGGGUAAUUAUAAAGUUGGUCCCAAUCGAAAAAUUAGCACCGAAUCCCAAAAAUUUUUACUUAUUCUUAUCAAUGUCAUGGUAUUGUAUUUACUCUACAGCUGCAUGACAAGCAUAUUCUUGAGAAAAGAUUUUGAAUAUCCUUACUACUUCACCAAAUUAUUUUAA